UGGUAAACUCCAUUUUCCUCUGUUGUUGUUGUCGCCUGCCUGGCUCCUGCUGCCUUCUGAUUGGCUGAACGGGAUCGCGGUGACGUCGCGUCACGUCCUGCUGUGUGCUGCGUGAUGGCGGUGUCCAUGACGGAUCCGGCACGCUGACUUCGUGUGGAGGUGUGCACAAGUUUACCCUCUGCAAAAACCACCACGGAGACAUUUGUCAGCGGGUUACCUUAACCCAAAUCCUCGGCACUCAUUUUUAAUGAAUUGAUCGCAGAUCAUGGCGCUCCACAGACUGUCCUUCAGACUACGGCAAACGGCAACACACGUGAGGUCCCUUCAUACCAGUGGAUGUGGGCAGCAGCAGGCGGCUGUGGCUGCAGAGUCAGAAUCUGAGACCUUCUCAGUUUGCAGAGCACAGGAGAAUGAUCCGGCAUGUCAGUCAGAGAAACAUCUGGGACAGUAUUACACACUGCCCUCUGCACACGUCCGCACUCUGUUUCCUCACGGCCUCCCUUGGCGCUAUCAACAACAGGUGAAGACCUUCAAUGAAGCCUGUAUGAUGGUGAGGUCGCCAGCUCUAGAGGUCAUCUCUUGCCUGAAGAAAACAGACACCAGCAAACCUGCUGUGCGAUAUCUAUUCUAUGGGUUGAAGGGCAGUGGGAAGACGAUAUCUCUCUGUCACGCAGUCCACUUCUGCUAUACACAGGGAUGGCUGGUGCUUCAUAUUCCUGAUGCUCACAUCUGGGUGAAGAAUUGUAAGGAGCUGCUGCCCUCUUCUUAUAACACCUCUCGCUUUGAUCAGCCAUUACAAGCCACCGAAUGGUUACGCAACUUCAAAGUCACCAAUGAACACUUCCUUUCAAAGAUAAAGACAAAGCAGCGCUAUGUGUGGACUAAGAGAGAAUCCACUGAGGAGGGAAGUGCUCUAGGAGAGCUGGUGGAUCAGGGUAUCACCCGUGUGAAGAGCAGCAGUGAUGUGGUGGGGGCGGUGAUGAAGGAGCUGAGGCUACAAAGUGGGCAGCCAGAGUCAAACUUCCGCCUGGCCGUGGCUGUGGAUGGUGUCAACGCCCUGUGGGGAAGAUCCACCAUCAAGAAGGAGGAUAAGAGCGCUGUGGAACCAGAGGAGCUCACUUUGGUUUAUAACCUGAGGAAACUGGUGAAGAACGACUGGACUGGAGGCGCCAUCAUCACUACUCUGUCUCAGACGGGGUCUCUCUACACUUCAAAAUCUGCCUACUUGCCUCAUGAGCUGCUGGGAGAGAAGGGCUUUGACAAGAUGGACCCGUUCAUCCCGGUGUCAGUGCCCAACUACAGCGAGAAAGAGUUUGAGAGUUGUUACCUCUACUAUAUGGACCGUCACUGGCUUCAGCAUCCACAGAGUCACACAGAGGAAGGGAAGAAAGAACUCGUCUUUUUGAGCAACAGAAAUCCAUCCAUGUUGGAGAGGAUUUGUGGCUCCAUAUGAACUCACAUUAAGCGUACAUGCAUAAAUGUCGCACACAAAAAUCAAACAAACAUACAAAUGUCCAUGUCUAUAAUACGUCUCCCUCUGUAAAUUAUGAUGCAUGUGUGUUACUUUGAUAAUAAAAUGUUGAAUUCAA